CCGUCCACAGACACGUGGGGGGGUUGUUUCACUGUCUCAUUCGGUCGGUGGUUACACCGCAGAGAGAAAGUUUCUAUCCACCAGCAUCAUUCGUCUCCUGCGUUGUCCAGAUAAAGUCAUGGUUGUAGUGAGAUUCUAUAGGAAGGAGCUGGAGAGGGGGCGGGUCUUACGGCAAGCAGCCCUUCAGCAUCCUGACCUGUCAAUCAUCAUGGAGCUGUGUUACAACGUGGAGCUGACAGGGCCAGGAGACCUGUGCCCAGAGCAGAGGGAGGUGCUGCAGUGGCUGUUCCGCCCCCCCCUGCAGACAGAACAGCUGUCGGACCAGCCUCACCUGGUGGGGGGGCGAGGAGGGAGGCUUGUCGAAAUUGGACCCAGGCUGAACUUCUCCACUGCGUGGUCCACCAACGCCGUGUCCAUCUGUCGGAGCGCCGGCCUGAGUGCCGUGUCCAGGGUGGAGCUGUCCCGCCGCCUGCUGUUCACGCUCACACAGGACCCUCCACAAGCACCCAGGGAGAACCCUCCAGAACCCAGGGAGAACCCUCCACAACCCAGGGAGAACCCUCCACAACCCAGGGAGAACCCUCCAGAAGCCAGGGAGAACCCUCCACAAGCACCCAGGGAGAACCCUCCACAACCACCCAGGGAGAACCCUCCACAAGCACCCAGGGAGAACCUUCUGGAAGAGGCCGUGGAGAAGAUCCUGGGUGUUCUGUACGACAGCAUGACUGAGUGCAUCUACCCACAUCCCAUAACCUCAUUCGCCGUGGAAACCAGACCCCAGGAGGUGUUUGAGGUCGACAUCCUGGGGAAGGGUCGUGUUGCCUUGGAGACGGUGAACGAGGAGCUUGGUCUGGCGUUUGACUCCUGGGACUUGGACUACUACACCUCUCUGUUCCACAGCCUCAGCAGGAACCCCACCAGUGUGGAGUGUUUCGACCUGGCUCAGUCCAACAGUGAACACAGCCGUCAUUGGUUCUUCCGAGGGCGCAUGGUGAUUGACGGGCAGGAGCAGGAGGGAACCCUGUUCAGCUGUAUCAUGGAUACGCAGCUCCAUAGCAACCAGAACAACAUCAUCAAGUUCUGUGACAACAGCAGUGGGAUCACAGGGGUGCAGGUAGAGUGUGUGUAUCCCAGAGAUCCCUCUAAAGCCAGCAGCUAUGAGACUAGGAGCUCCACCAGACAUGUGAUUUUCACCGCAGAGACACACAACUUCCCUACCGGCGUGGCCCCGUUCAGUGGAGCGACCACGGGAACGGGGGGGAGGAUCCGGGACGUGCAGAGCGCCGGCAGGGGGGGGCACGUCAUCGCUGGAACAGCCGGAUACUGCUAUGGCAACCUGCAUAUACCUGGCUACAGUCUUCCCUGGGAGGGGGAGGAGGAGUACCCCUCCAGCUUCGCCCCCCCCCUGCAGGUGGCCAUCGAGGCCAGCAACGGGGCCUCCGACUACGGGAACAAGUUUGGAGAGCCGGUCCUAGCAGGCUUUGCACGGUCGUUUGGCAUGCGGUUGGCCAAUGGGGAGCGGCGAGAGUGGAUUAAACCAAUCAUGUUCAGCGGCGGGUUGGGCGCCAUCGAAGACGCUCAUGUGAAGAAGGAGGAGCCUGAGAAGGGUAUGGAGGUGGUGAAGCUGGGCGGUCCUGUUUACCGUAUCGGAGUUGGAGGAGGGGCAGCGUCUUCCAUACAGGUGCAGGGAGAUAACUCCAGCUCCAGGGACCUGGGUGCGGUCCAGCGGGGCGAUGCAGAGAUGGAACAGAAGAUGAACAGAGCUGUGAGGGCGUGUCUGGAGAGGGGGGGCGGGAACCCCAUCUGCAGCAUCCACGACCAGGGCGCCGGGGGCAACGGUAACGUUCUGAAGGAGCUGAGUGAUCCAGCGGGAGCGAUCAUCUACUCCAGCAGGUUCAAGAGAGGAGACCCCACCCUGAGUGUGUUGGAGCUGUGGGGGGCUGAGUAUCAGGAGAGCAACGCUCUGCUGCUGCGUCCGGCCGACCGCUCCUUCCUGGAGAGAGCCUGCCUCAGGGAGAAGUGUCCUGUGGACUUUGUAGGACACAUCACUGGAGACGGCAAGAUGGUGCUGGUGGACGAUGUGGGUGGUGGUGUGGAGCAGGCCAGCGGGAGGCGCUGUCCCGUAGACCUGCAGCUGGACUGGGUCCUGGGGAAGAUGCCCCAGAAGCAGUUUGAUGAUGAGCGCGUUGGCGCCGCCCUGCAGGCCCUGCAGCUGCCUGCAGGCCUGACAGUCAGACAGGCCCUGGAGAGGGUGCUCCGUCUGCCCGCUGUCGCCUCCAAGCGCUACCUCACCAACAAGGUUGAUCGCUCGGUGACGGGCCUGGUUGCCCAGCAACAGUGCGUGGGUCCUCUCCACACCCCAUUGGCUGACGUGGCCGUCGUGGCUCUGUCUCCAUUCAGCCUGCAGGGGGCGGCGACCGCUAUCGGCGAGCAGCCAAUCAAGGGCCUGGUCUCUCCAGGGGCGGGAGCUCGCAUGGCGGUGGGGGAGGCGCUGACUAAUCUGGUGUUCGCUAGAGUCACACACCUGAAGGAUGUGAAGUGCAGUGGUAACUGGAUGUGGGCCGCUAAGCUCCCAGGAGAGGGGGCGUGUCUGUGGGAGGCGUGUCAGGCCAUGUGUGAGGUCAUGGGUCAGCUGGGCGUCGCCGUGGACGGCGGGAAGGACUCCCUCAGCAUGGCCGCCAGGGUCGGCAUGGAGACGGUCAAAGCUCCAGGGUCUCUGGUCAUCUCAGCGUACGCUGUGUGUCCUGACAUCACAGCCACCGUGACCCCCGACCUGGAAGACCCUGACGGCCAAGGCGUGCUGCUGUGGGUCCCGGUCACCCCAGGUCAGCAGCGUCUGGGUGGGUCUGCUCUGGCUCAGUGUUACGGACAGCUGGGAGACACGACCCCUGACCUCGACCAGCCCCUGCUGCUGCAAGCCUGCUUCAACACCACCCAGACCCUCCUGCAGGACCGCCUGCUGAGUGCAGGACAUGACAUCAGUGAUGGCGGCCUUAUUUCCUGUCUGCUGGAGAUGGCGUUUGCAGGAAAUCGUGGGAUAGAGGUGGACCUGGUGUCUGGAGGAGCAGGAGUGCUGGAGCUGCUGUUCAGCGAGGAGCUGGGUCUGGUCCUGGAGGUGCGCCGGGAACAGGAGCACCAGGUGAAGCAGAGAUACCUCCAGGCUGGGCUCACCUGCCACAGCAUCGGCUGCUGUGUGGGGCUGGGCCCGGAGGCCAAGGUCAGAGUUUGCGUGGACGGACAGGAAGUGCUGUGUGAGGCCCUGCCCAGCCUCAGGGCAUUGUGGGAAAGCACCAGCUUCCAGCUGGAGCGGCUCCAGGCAGAGCCAGCGUGCGUGUCACAGGAAGAGGCGGGGCUAAGACGCAGGACGCAGCCCUACUUCCACCUGACCUUUGACCCCGCCGAGAUCCCUGCUGUCAUCCAGGGACAGCCUCGCGUGGCGGUGGUCAGGGAGGAGGGCAGUAAUGGGGACAGGGAGAUGGCUGUGUCUCUCCACAUGGCUGGCUUUGAGGUGUGGGAUGUUACCAUGCAGGACCUGUGUUCAGGGUUCGGGCUGCAGCUCUUCAAGGUGCUCGUGUUUGUAGGAGGAUUCAGCUACGCUGAUGUGCUGGGCUCAGCUAAAGGCUGGGCUGCUACUGUGAUGUACAACAACAACGCCAGGACGGAGUUUGAGCGCUUCCGUCGCCGUGACGAUACGCUGAGUCUGGGCGUGUGCAACGGAUGCCAGCUCCUAGCCCUGCUGGGCUGGGUGGGAGAGGGGGAGGAGGGGGGAGACCCUGAGGUGGUGCUGGGUCCUAACCAGUCCGGCAGGUUUGAGUCCAGGUUUGUGAGUGUUGGAGUCCAGUCCUCCCCCUGUGUCUGGCUGAGGGGCAUGGAGGGCUCAGCGCUGGGGGUGUGGGUCGCCCAUGGAGAGGGUCAGGUCCAGUUCCGUUCCCGCCGGUCCCAGGACCACCUCCUCUCUGGCUCCCUGGCGCCCCUGCGUUACCUAGACGACCAGGGCCUCCCCACUGAGGAGUACCCCCUGAACCCCAACGGCUCCCCCGAGGGCGUGGCCGCGCUGAGCUCCAAGGAUGGUCGCCACCUGGCCAUGAUGCCCCACCCAGAGCGCUGCACACUGGGCUGGCAGUGGCCCUGGGCCCCCCGGGGCCUGCGGGCCUCCCUCACCCCCUCCCCCUGGAUGCGCAUGUUCAGGAACGCUGCAGCAUGGACCGCAUCCUGAGGCCUGGAUCACCUGGCCCUAAUUCACACACACACACACCUGGCCCUAACUCACACACACACACACACACCUGGCCCUAACUCACACAUACACA